AUGGAUGCUCCGAGAAGAGUUACCAUUAAGGAAGCGGGUGCACCGGAUUAUGUCCUUCAACCCCUUCAUGUAACUCAUCCCAACUUGAAUGCAAACUUUGAAUUGAAGACUGCUUUGAUCAACCUCCUACCUAAGUUUCAUGGGCUUCCCGCACAAGAUCCUAUUCGACAUCUCAAGGACUUUCAUCGUAUAUGCUCAACCACUAGACGGGAAGGAUCCGAUGAAGUUGCUAUAUGGUUAUUUGCUUUCCCUUUCUCUCUUGAGGACAAGGCCAAAGAAUGGUUCUACACUCUAUCUAGUGAAGUCACCUCCGAUUGGGACUUACUUAGAAGAGGAUUCUUGGACAAAUUCUUACCUCCGGAGAAGAUGGAUAGGCUAAGGAAGGAAAUGUCUUGUAUUGUGCAAGGUGAGACGGAACCACUAUACGAGUAUUGGGAACGGUUUCAUAAGCUACUAGACGCAUGCCCUAAUCACAUGCUUGAUACUCAAGUAUUGCUUGGAUACAUAUGUCAAGGGAUGCGAGAACAAGAUAGAACUCUCUUGGACACCUCUAGCAAUGGUUCUUUGUCUAAAUAUAAAACAGCGGAGGAGGCAUGGCAACUUAUCAUUGACUUAGCCGAAUCCAAUCAACAUAUGAGACGAAGAGUCAACCGUCCAAGAACCGUAAAUGAGGUAUCAACUAGUAGUGAAACCACCGCUUUAACUCAAUCCUUGAGCGAAAUGACAUCCAUCUUGAGGCAACUCCAAUUGAACCAACAACAACCACAACAACCUCAAUCAUACCAACAACAACCCCCACCCCCUCAACAACACAACCAACAAUUAGUCCCUCAAAAAGAGAAGGGAACACAAGACUCAAAUCCUAUCACAAUCACCCAAGAGGAGGAGAGAAUAGAUAUGGAAGAGGUAGAGGAAGAGGAAACACCACAAGCUAUAAUCGAGGAUGAAGCUCAACCAACAAAGGAGACCCCCAAGGCCAAGAGAACCUUGGAAGAAGAAAUUGCUCAACCGCUCCCAUUCCCAUCACUUGCAAAGAAAGCUAGAAAGCGCAUAGAACUCGACCCCAAAAUGGUAGAAAUGUUCAAGAAAGUUGAGGUAACCAUCCCCCUCUUUGAUGAUAUCCAUCAAGUUCCUAGAUAUGCAAAAUUCCUCAAAGAUCUAUGCAUGAACAAGGAUAGAAUGCUUGAAUUGGAAACCAUCCCAUUGGGGAGUUCUAUUUCCGCUUUAAUGGGAGCAUUGCCCGAGAAGUGUGAUGAUCCGGGCCCGUGUAUGGUCACUUGCACCGUCAAUGGAGUUCAAUUUAUAGAUUGUAUGUGUGACCUCGGAGCAUGUGUUAGCAUCAUGCCACUCUCCGUCUACUGGGUAUUGAAGUUGCCACCACUAAAAAGGUCGACGGCAAGAUUUGUCCUAGCGGAUAAAAGCAUAAUAACCGUGACGGGUGUUGCGGAAGACGUAUUGGUGAAUAUCAAAGGGUUGGUGUUUCCAAUUGACUUCUAUGUCCUUGAAAUGCCAUCAAAUGGGAGAGUCGUAAGUUUCAGCCUAGAGGAAGCAAUGAAGCAUCCGCCAGAGAAUCACUCUCUAUUCCGGUGUGACCCAAUUGACAACAUAGUUGCCGAAGUGCACCUUGCAAAGUUAGAUGAGAAGUACAUGAUUGAAGAAGCAAAUGAAGAUCCAAGCAAAUUAAACACCACACACCAUACAAACCGUCCGGAAACUCAAACUUCAAGGAAUGAAAAGAAGAUGGAAUUGAAGCCACUACCACCCAAUUUGAGAUACUCAUAUUUUGAUGAAGCCCAAGAACUCCCUGUGAUAAUUGCAAAAGAGCUAACCCCUCAACAAAAAGACAAAUUGCUAAAUGUAUUGAGGAAAAACAAAGGGCAAUCGGGUGGACUUUGGCGGACCUAG